GUCAUCUGGUGUCUGCAGGCUUCAAGCAGAAAAUCUCUCCGGAAGACAGCGCAGCUUCAGGAGGGACCUGGCCUCUUCAUCACCAGAACACUCAUCACUACACGGUACGAUCAUGAGCGGCCACGAGCACAACCUGUCGCUGGACCACUUCAACGGCACCCCGUGGCACAUCUACGAGUGCACCCUCAAGCUGGAGAGUGCUGGAGAGUACCGACGCAUCGCCCUCUUCCUGGUCUACCUCUUCAUCUUCCUGGUGGGCCUGCUGGAGAACGGCCUCGUCAUCUGGGUCAACUGGCGCCGGCGGCACUCCGCCAACGCGGUUCUCUUCUGCAUCAUCAACGUGAGCCUGUCGGACCUGAUGGUGAUCGUCGUCGUGCCUUUCUUCAUGAUGGAGGUGACCAUGGAGAGGGUUUGGCUGUGGGGACGCUUCCUCUGCAAGGUCACCAACCUCAUCUACGUGGUCAACUUCUACAGCAGCUCCUUCUUCCUGGCCUUCAUGACCCUGGAGCGCUACCUGUCCCUGACGAGACCCUCGUUUCCGUCCUUCUUCCCCGUGGCGGGCCGGCGCCGCUGGGUGCUCUGCGGAGGCCUGUGGAUGUUCUCCUUGUUCCUCGGUCUGAUGGAGAACGUCCACGUAGAUCUUCUGGAGAUGGACGAGCCGGGCUGCUACAUGCUGCCCGAGCAGAACUACGCCGAAUGGUUUGUCUCCGUGGCGUUCCUUUGCCUGAUUUUCCAAUUCGUGGGCCCCACCGCCGUCAUCGUCACCUGCAACGUGCUGAUCGCUCGCGCGGUGCAAACGGCACCGGAUGUGCAGGGCCGUCGGGACGUGUGGCUGGUGCACCUGUACUCCCUGGUGUUCGUCAUGUGCUGGCUGCCCUACCACCUGAUCAUGUUCCUGAUCAUCAUAGACGACCUCGAGCCGUCCCUCUUCAGCUGCAACACGGUCGACGUCCUCUACUUCUCGUACAACGUGGUGCAGAGCUUGUCUCUGUUCCACUGCGUCGCCAACCCCAUCCUCUACAACUUCCUCAGCAAGAGCUUCCGCAGCAACCUGAUCAACACGGUGGUGGACCACAUACCCAGAGAGGCCACUGUGGACCAGGUGGGAGCGGGGACCCGGUCCAACGUUCCCAAUGGAGGCGGGUUAGACCCGGGGAAGCAACGCAAGUUGAGUAACGCCAGCACCAGCCAGUCUGAUAUUGGAUCGUAAAAAAAGAAGAAGCUGAGAUGAGAAAAAGUGACGCGUCAGAAGUCAAUCCAGUCGUGGUGCUUCAGAUGCAUAGAUUGUACGAUUUUGCACGAAAACGGAAUUGCAACAUUCAAACGCUAUUUUGCCCUGCAAGACUGAAUUUCUUUCAAAUAAACAGAACAACGAUCGCAACAAUGAACAAACAUUAAAUAAAGAACAAAAUCCCUGAGAAAAUGUCACGUGUGUGCUGAACUCCGCUCCGGCCACGCCCCCCUGAUCAACGGCGCACAUUCACUCCCUCGUCGCCUGCAAAUAAUGUUUUUUUUGUUUUCUGUUCUGUUGAUGGCUGGCAAACAACAAUCUUAGAAGGUCUGGGUCACUUGUGGCACAUAUUAUUCACUAAUGUUAAGCAAUCAAUCUACCUGAACAAAAUGAGACAAAACGGAAUAAAACGGAAUUCACCAAAAUGUGAAA